AUGGAUGAUGAGUUAAAUGUUACUCAUAUAAAACUUGGUGGGUUUGUGGAAAUGGACAAAUACAGGUAUCUUUAUUUUAUAACUAUGUUUGCAGUAUAUAUUCUGAUAAUCUGCAGUAAUUCUACUAUCGUCUUCCUGAUCUGGAUUCACAAGAACCUCCAUGAGCCCAUGUAUGUUUUUAUUGCAGCUUUGCUACUGAACUGUGUCCUUUACAGCACGACGGUUUACCCAAAGCUUCUGACUGAUUUCUUAUCUAAAGAACAGAUCAUUUCAUAUCCUGCAUGCCUCUUUCAGUUUUUUGCUUUUUACUCUUUAGGUGGUUCUGAAUUCUUGCUCUUAUCAGCUAUGGCCUAUGACAGAUAUGUGUCUAUAUGCAAACCUCUGCAGUAUCCAACUAUCAUGACAAAAAAUGCUGUGACUGUGUUCCUGGUUUUGUGCUGGAUUGUACCUGCCUCUCACAUUGCAGUCCAAACCAUACUGAGCGCUAAAGCAAAACUGUGUGACUUCAAUUUAAAUUCAAUAUUUUGUAACAAUGCAAUGUACAGACUUCAAUGUAUUGAAUCAAGAACAAUUAAUAUUUUUGGUGUGUUUUGUUUACUUGAUGUCACAGUACUUCCUCUGUUCUUCAUAGUCUUUACAUAUGCAAGAAUAGUUGUAAUAUCCUAUCGAAGCUGUAAAGAAGUCAGAAAAAAAGCUGCUGAGACCUGUUUGCCUCACCUGCUGGUAUUAAUCAACUUCUCAUUGCUGACUGUAUACAACACGAUCAUGGCUCGAGUGAACACUGAUGUUCCAAAAACUGCACAUUUGAUAAUGACGCUACAAAUAGUUCUGUAUCAUCCUCUGUUUAAUCCGUUUAUUUACGGACUCAAAAUGAAAGCAAUUUUUCAACACCUCAAAAUGCUUUUUUGUAAAGCCCAAAACAUCAAGACUGAUUUCUAA